AACCCUGUGCAUGGUUUUGCCGCCAAAAGUAAUAGUGAGUUUAUUUAUUUACAAAACCUGAAAGGCAAAUAGGACGCACACCCCGAAUGGACGUGGAAAUAAAACAGCAGUUUGACGAGAUGGGCGUAGAGCCUGCGGAGGCGGUGCUGGAGAAAUGCCUGGAGCUGGCCAUUUCGUACAACGUGCUCGACGCCACCGAGUUCGUGGAGCAGUGGAUGGCUUUCAGCUUGUCCCACCUCCACGGCGACGACCCCACAACCGAGAACCUGGGCGAGUUCGAGCGCAAGGUGCUGCAGUUGAGGAAGGACAAGGUUGCCCCAAAGGCCAAAUCGUAUACUGCAACCGCAAGCUCUGGACCGGACUUGAGCUCGCUGGCCACCUACGGCGUAAUGGAAGAAGACCAGAUGAUGGACGACUACGUAAGUGAGUCAGUUUCAGACUCAUCCGCAAUGCACACGCCGAAGGCUAAGAAGGAUAAGCAACGCUCCGCCGCCCUCAAAGGCGGAGUGCUAUUUAGUCCCGUCAGCUACACGCCGCAAUCGACUAAGAAAACGCUGGUGGAAGCAGGAACACCAAAUGCCACUGUAGCUGGCAAGCCGGGUGACAUUGUAGACUCCUUUGGCCAUCCCAAACUUCUGGCCGGUUCCAACUGGCAAACCCAAGUGGAGCACCAGCUGCCAGUGACUCAAAAACUUCUGCACAAGGACGCCCCGCUGACCAUUGCCAAUCUGGGCUACAUGAACGACUUGCUGGGUGAUCGAUGCGACGACUUGCACGAUCGCCUCGUGGACACCGGACGGGCUCUGGUGGAGAAGAAGCUGGGCCCAGAUGGAGCUGCCGAGUGCAGUUGGUAUCCGCAAGACAGGCAAACUCUGCAGGCCCUUCAUUUGCUCCAUGCAGUGGGCAUGGUACAUUCCGAGGACGACGGACCUCUAGAUGCCCACUCCGCUUUUCUUUCCGUGACAGACGCCGACGAGAACAGUUUUCUCUCGCUAAACUUCUCCAGGAUUAAAUCAGCCAGCAUCUUCCCAGGACAGGUGGUGCUGGCAAAGGGAUUCAUACCCAAGGGCAACUCCUUCGUGGUGGAGGAGAUCCACACAGAACGGAAGCUGACGCCUCCCGCACCCUUGAAAGUCGACAGAGAGUUACAGUUUGUGGUGGCGGCCGGUCCAUUUACACACAGUACUGAUCUGAUCUACGAGCCACUGCACGACCUGCUUAAUUACCUCAAGGAGCACCGUCCCGACGUGCUGGUGCUUACAGGGCCCUUCCUGGAUGCUGAUCACAGUAUAGUCAGCGAACUGGCCGAGACCUUUGAAUCAUUCUUCGAGAAGAUGAUUGCCGGGAUAAUGGAAGUGGUUGGAAGUCACACCGCGGUGCUGAUGGUCAGCAGCCAGAAGGAUGCCAUGGUGCACUCGGUUUACCCCACCCCGCCACCCACUCUCCGCAAAACGUAUCCCAACCUUCACAUGCUACCUGAUCCGUCGCUGGUGGAUCUGGACGGAAUUACGCUGGGCGUCUCCUCCACUGACGUCGUGGAUCAUUUGCUGAGCCACGAGUUUGCCGCAAACGCUGGUGAACGGAUGCAUCGAGCAAUUAACCAUUUGUUCCAUCAGGGCUCCUUUUAUCCAAUAUAUCCACCGGCCGACGAAGACAUGGCCUUUGACUCGCAGCUGGCUCUCAAGUACGCCCAGAUCAAACAGCUGCCAAAUGUACUCAUCCUGCCCGGCAAUCAGCGACACUUCAUUCGUCUGGUCAGCGACUGUCUGGUCAUCAAUCCAGGACGCGUAGCAGACAGCAAGGGCGGCACCUUUGCUCGCUUUUUGGUGGCACCGUCUGUGCCAGGAAAGUCGGCCAACAUGUUCAACAGUGUCGCGUGUCAAGUGCAACGUAUCUGAUAUUUCUUAACCAAAAUAAAAGCCAACAGCCAAGUAUACAUUGUA